GCCACGGCAUAACUAUAAAGAAAUGCAACAAAACUGCUCUUUCCACUGAAAUCAGACUACGUUGAGAAGCGAGCACCACUAGAGCCUCUUAAACAUUUAGCUAGGUUUUCUUUAUUUAUAAAUAUUAAUCCAGGCGGACGACCAUGGCCUCGGGAGGGGAAUCCAAAAAUGAUGAUCUAUCCACUGCAAUUCUGAAACAGAAGAACAGGCCCAACAGACUGAUUGUUGAUGAGUCCAUCAAUGAAGACAAUAGCGUGGUCUCCCUCUCUCAGACCAAGAUGGAUGAGCUGCAGCUCUUCCGGGGAGACACAGUGCUGAUGAAAGGAAAGAAAAGGAGGGAGACCGUGUGCAUUGUGCUCUCUGAUGACACCUGUUCUGAUGAAAAGGUUCGAAUGAACAGGGUUGUCCGCAAUAAUCUGAGGGUUCGACUGGGAGACGUUAUCAGCAUUCAGCCAUGUCCUGAUGUGAAAUACGGAAAGAGGAUCCAUGUUCUCCCAAUAGAUGACACAGUAGAAGGAAUAACUGGAAACCUGUUUGAGGUCUAUCUUAAGCCAUACUUUCUGGAGGCUUACAGGCCUAUCCGUAAAGGGGAUAUUUUCCUGGUCAGGGGAGGCAUGCGUGCUGUGGAGUUCAAGGUGGUCGAGACUGAUCCCUCUCCAUACUGUAUUGUUGCCCCUGAUACGGUCAUCCACUGUGAAGGAGAGCCCAUCAGAAGAGAGGAUGAGGAGGAGUCCUUGAACGAGGUAGGCUAUGAUGACAUCGGAGGAGUGAGGAAGCAGCUAGCUCAGAUCAAAGAGAUGGUGGAGCUGCCACUCAGACACCCUGCACUGUUCAAGGCCAUUGGAGUUAAGCCUCCACGUGGAAUCUUGCUAUAUGGACCUCCUGGAACAGGAAAGACCUUGAUUGCCAGAGCUGUGGCCAAUGAAACUGGAGCCUUCUUCUUCCUCAUUAACGGCCCUGAGAUCAUGAGUAAACUGGCUGGAGAGAGUGAGAGCAACCUGAGAAAGGCCUUUGAGGAAGCAGAGAAGAAUGCUCCUGCCAUCAUCUUCAUCGAUGAGCUUGAUGCUAUCGCUCCCAAGAGAGAGAAGACUCAUGGAGAGGUGGAGAGGCGCAUCGUGUCUCAACUCCUGACUCUAAUGGAUGGCCUGAAACAGAGAGCUCAUGUCAUCGUCAUGGCUGCCACCAACAGACCCAACAGCAUUGACCCAGCUCUGAGGAGAUUUGGACGUUUUGACAGGGAAGUGGACAUUGGCAUCCCUGACGCCACUGGCAGACUGGAGAUCCUCCAGAUUCACACCAAGAACAUGAAGCUGGCUGAUGAUGUUGACCUGGAGCAGGUGGCCAAUGAGACUCAUGGACACGUGGGUGCAGAUCUGGCUGCUCUCUGCUCCGAGGCAGCUCUGCAGGCCAUCAGAAAGAAGAUGGACCUGAUCGAUCUUGAGGAUGAGACCAUUGAUGCUGAAGUCAUGAACUCCCUGGCUGUCACCAUGGAUGACUUCAAGUGGGCCCUGAGCCAGAGCAACCCAUCAGCACUGAGGGAGACUGUUGUGGAGGUUCCCAACAUCACCUGGGAGGACAUCGGAGGUCUGGAUGAUGUCAAGAGAGAGCUGCAGGAGUUGGUGCAGUAUCCAGUGGAGCACCCAGACAAGUUCCUGAAGUUCGGUAUGACCCCAUCCAAGGGUGUGCUGUUCUACGGUCCCCCUGGUUGUGGUAAGACCCUGCUGGCCAAGGCUAUUGCCAAUGAGUGCCAGGCUAACUUCAUCUCCAUCAAAGGACCUGAGCUGCUCACCAUGUGGUUUGGAGAGUCUGAGGCCAACGUCAGAGAGAUCUUUGACAAGGCUCGUCAGGCAGCCCCAUGCGUCCUGUUCUUCGAUGAGCUGGACUCCAUAGCCAAGGCCCGUGGUGGCAACGUGGGAGACGGUGGCGGAGCAGCCGACCGUGUCAUCAACCAAAUCCUUACUGAGAUGGAUGGAAUGUCCAGCAAGAAGAACGUCUUCAUCAUCGGAGCCACAAACAGACCAGAUAUCAUUGACCCCGCCAUCCUGAGACCCGGACGUCUGGACCAACUCAUCUACAUACCCCUGCCCGACGAGAAGAGCAGGAUCAACAUCCUGAAGGCCAACCUCCGCAAGAGCCCCAUCAGCAAGGAUGUGGACCUGGACUUCCUGGCUAAGAUGACCAAUGGCUUCUCUGGAGCUGAUCUUACAGAGAUCUGCCAGCGGGCGUGCAAGCUGGCCAUCAGAGAGAGCAUCGAGAAUGAGAUCCGCAGAGAGAGGGAGAGGCAGACCAACCCAUCAGCCAUGGAGGUGGAAGAGGAUGACCCUGUGCCUGAGAUUAGGAAGGACCACUUUGAAGAGGCCAUGCGAUUUGCGCGUCGCUCUGUCAGCGACAACGACAUCCGCAAAUAUGAGAUGUUUGCCCAGACACUGCAGCAGAGCCGUGGAUUUGGCUGCUUCAGGUUUCCCUCCAGUGCAGCAGGGGGCAGUGGUCCAAGCCAGGGCACAGGGGGCACUGGCGGUGGUCCAGUUUUCAAUGAAGAUAAUGAUGAUGACCUUUAUGGAUAAACUACACUGCCCCGUAGUGGUCAGUACUGGGAUCACACCUGUACAAAUUCUCACCAGAUUCCACAUUUUUAGGACUUUGUGCUUCUUUCAUGUGUUCCUUUUUUGUAUGAUUUCCCUCGGGUGGAGAAAGCAUGUAGCCCUUUGGUUUGCUCUGGCUUAGAUGUGGGUGUGGGCAAGAGGGUAUUAGAAAUGGAGGACGAUUGGUUGAUGCAGAUGGGGGGGUAUUGAGUGGCCUCAUUUUCAGUAUAUCACAACCAACAUAAAUGGCUUUAGUGAUGGGAUUCUACGCUAGACUAUAAGAAAGAAAGGAAAAAAAAAAACAUAUUGCUAAUGACUUCCUCUUUUUUUUAAAAAAUAAAAUAAACAGUAGCAUACAAUGUAUUACAAGUUUGUCAAGGUUAUGUUGUUGAAAAUAAAAUCUCACAAGAUGAAAAUGUUA